CAGGGAACUGUUUCUCUACAAGAUGGUGGAAAUCCUCCCCUAACACCCACUGGGGUUAAAACAGCCACCAUCACAGUGUAUGUGUCCAGAAAUGACCACACCCCUUAUUUUAUCAAUGACCCAUACUCCAAGGACUUGGAGGGAAAUAUUCAGGCCGGGGCCAGUGUGCUACAGGUCACAGCCAGGGACAAUGAUCAGGGUCUCUUUGGUAAAGUACGAUACAGAAUCACUGGAGAUGAUCUGGCACCGACCUAUUUCCAGGUCAAUCCCACAUCUGGUUUGAUUACUGUCAGGAACGUCUUGAGCGGUGUUAAUCAAGAUCAGCUUAAGAUAAGAGUUGAAGCUUAUGACGACGGAAGUCCUAGAAAAAUCAAUGUAACAGUGGUAACUGUGACAGUGAAAAGCAACUAUCAGCAUCCAAUUUUUAACAGACUUUCAUAUGCUGCACGAAUCCCAGAAACACAGAUUCUCAGUCAACAAAUUAUUGCAGUGACUGCAAAUGAUACUGAUGCAAUGGCACCAAACAAUGUUGUGAGAUACUCCCUGACUGCUGGACCAGAGGAUAUUGAGUGUUUCCUUAUUGAUGCUGUGACAGGAAGUCUGUCUUUGAGACGGUCCUUCCUAUAUGACCCAUGUAGAGAGGAAAGGUAUCAGAUGACCGUCACUGCCACAGAUCAAGGUUUGAAUCCUCUCUCAAAUUCAAUUACCGUCACGGUAGAUGUGGAUCGCAAUGCCAAUCCCCCGAUCUUCCAAAACAUUCCAACAAUCAUUUCCAUCAAUGAGAAUCAACCUACUGGACAGGGCUUUUUCACAGUCACUGCCACAGAUGCAGAUACAGUGAGUCCCUUGAAUGACAUCAGAUACUCCCUGGUGGGCGAUGGUACAGCGACUGUGUACUUCCGAGUAGAUUCUUCAACAGGCCUUGUUACUCUGAGACAGACUGUUCAGGCAGAUUCAGCUUCUUUAUACAGGCUUGCACUCCGAGCUACUGAUGGUGGAAACGCACCAAAGUAUGAUGAGAAAAUUCUGACUGUCAAUGUCAAUCGCAAUCUCCUCAGUCCUGAAUUUGUGAAGCAGGAUUAUGCUGUCACAAUCUGGGAAACUCAGGCCCUCAAUGUUUUAGUGGAGGAGGUCUUGGCCCUAGAUAAUGACACUAAGGCUCCACAUAAUGAAGUAACAUAUGAAAUUGUGAGUGAUGCACUUGCUCAGAAUUACUUCAGGAUCGACAUAGAGGGAAGAAUUUAUGUCAGGAUACCUCUGACAGAUGACUCUGCCAAGACAGGCCUCUACACUUUAUCUGUAAGGGCCAAUGAUAAAGGUACUCCUCAACGCUCCAGUGAUAACCUGGCCACUGUAAGAGUGACGGUCCUGAGAAACAGAAACUGUCCAACAUUUACACCUUCCGUGGUCCCCAUCUCUAUUGACCAGUCCUCUCUGAGUCGUAUGAUUUAUGAUGCCAAUGCAACGGAUCCAGACACACCUAAUACCCCAUUCAGCAAAAUCAGGUACACUCUGAUUGGAGAUGAAAGUGCUCCUUCGUUCUUCAGAAUUGAUUCUCAGUCGGGACAGAUUUCUACAAUAGAGCCAUCUUUGUUCUCAGAUCAAGGCACUGUCUAUCAGUUAAGGAUUCAAGCUACAGAUGCUGUGAAUACUGCCACAAGCUGCUCAGGAAACCUUGUUUUGCGAGUUACUGUUAACAGAAACUUAAAUAGUCCUGUAUGGAUAAAUGUGAAUUCACCCAAUAACUAUGUGAGGACAAUUUUUGAGACUCAGUCUGUGACUCAGUUUGUGAUUAGGAUCCAGGCUACAGAUAGUGAUGACAAGGCACCAAACAAUGUAGUUAGCUAUGCUAUGACUACCAAUUCCCCGAACAGAGACUUGUUCUUUGUGGAUGCUGAUGGAUAUGUGUUCCUGCGGAACAUUCUUGUGGGACAAACUGGCGACCCUUACACGGUGAGGUUUGUAGCAACUGAUGGAGGUGUUCCUGCCAAGACCAGCCCCGAAGCCAUUCUGACUGUGAAUGUGAUUCGUAAUCAGUUCCCCCCAGAGAUCACCAAUCUCCCCAGCACUGUCAACAUCUCUGAGAAUCAGCUUGUCAACCAAGAAAUUUUCAGGGUCACUGGCAGGGACAAUGACACAUCUGCUCCAUUCAACUACUUCACCUUCGAACUUAUAGGAGACAAUGAAGCCACUACAUACUUCCAGGUGGCCCUUGGUGGUUCAGUUACCCUGCGCCAAUCUAUUGCCGCAGACCCUUUUAAUUCGUUCCAGCUGCGUGUCCGAGCAAAGGAUGGUGGGACACCCAAGAGGCAGGAUGAGAAGCUACUGACCAUUAGAGUGGACAGAAAUCUACAGAGACCAGUAAUGACGGCUGGGACAUACAGAGCCCGAAUCCUGGAGAUUCAAGCCGUAUCUGAGCCCCUGGUCACAGUGCAGGCCACUGAUGGAGAUACCUUUGCACCAAACAAUCAGUUGAGAUACUUUAUUGUGGGUUCUAACACAACCAUUAUGGAUUACUUCAUGGUAAACGAAGACAAUGGUGGCGUUAUGCUGAGGAGAUCCAUGUUAGAUUACCCAAAUCGAGCAACAAGAUUUACAGUCAAUUUUCAAGUCAAUACAGCAGACAGAGGAAGUGUUCCACGGACGGCUAAUAAUCCUCAGCUGGUGUCCAUCUCUCUGGUCAGAAAUACGGAUCCUUACUUUGAGAAUGUAUUUACAUACCAGACCCAGGUACAACAGAAUGCUGAAGGAGGCACGGUUGUUUUCACACCCUCAGGAAGGGACGCAGAUACUGAU